AUGGAACCAGGGUUGGUCGUGGGCAAGGACAGCACCUUCCAUGCUGUUCGGCCUGUCUGCUCUGAGAUGGAGCCUGCAGCCCACCCCUUCCAGUGGGCACUGAAGGAGGAGGAAGAGGAAGAAGCAGUUGAGAGUCUGGACACUGGGCUGCAAGAUACCCCGGCAGACACGCAGAAAGUCCGCAUCUGCUCCCAGGGCGGCUGGGUGCCCGCCCUGUUCGAUGAGGUAGCCAUCUACUUUUCCGACGAAGAGUGGGCAGUUCUGACCGAGCCGCAGAGGGCCUUGUACCGCGAAGUCAUGAGGAUGAAUUACGAGACCGUCCUGUCUCUGGAGUUUCCAUUCCCUAAGCCUGACAUUAUCACCCGCCUGGAGGAGAAGGCGUGUCAGAGCUCGGACGAGUGGCACCCCCAGAGAGAAGCCUUUGCAGAAAACGAAGAACCCGCCGCGAAGCCCCCGGAUUGGGCAGCCUCCCCCCACCUGCCCCCAUCGCAUCUGCCCCCGCCGCCGCCGGCCCUAGAUGGGUUCGGCCUCCGCCUGCCCCAGGACCUCGAGUGGGGGGAGAGUUACCCCUUCUACAUGGCCAUGGGCUUCCCGGGCUACGACCUGUCGGCCGAGGAGCUGGCCGGCAAGUUCCGGACCAUCCGACGCAGCUACGACGCCGGCUUCAAGCUGAUGGUCGUGGAGUACGCCGAGGCGGCCAACAACUGCCAGGCGGCCAAGCAGUUCGGGGUUCUGGAGAAGAACGUGAGGGACUGGCGCAAGGUGAAGCCGCAGCUGCAGAAGGCCCACGCCAUGCGGCGCGCCUUCCGGGGCCCCAAGAACGGCCGCUUCGCCCUGGUGGACCAGCGGGUGGCCGAGUACGUGCGGGCCAUGCAGGCCAAGGGUGACCCCAUCACGCGCGAGGCCAUGCAGCUGAAGGCGCUGGAGAUCGCGCAGGAGAUGAACAUCCCCGAGAAGGGCUUCAAGGCCAGCCUGGGCUGGUGUCGCCGGAUGAUGCGACGCUACGACCUGUCACUGCGCCACAAGGUGCCGGCACCCCAGCAGCUCCCGGAGGACCUCACCGAGAAGCUGGCUGCCUACCAGCGCAGUGUGUUGGCCCUGCGCCGGCUGCACGACUACCCGGUGGCGCAGAUGGGCAACGCUGAUGAGACGCCCAUCUGCCUGGAGGUGCCGUCCCGCGUGGCCGUGGACAACCGCGGCGAGAAGCCGGUGCUGGUGAAGACGCCGGGCCGGGAGAAGCUGAAGAUCACGGCCAUGCUGGGGGUGCUGGCCGACGGCAGGAAACUGCCCCCCUACAUCAUCCUGCGCGGCACCUACAUCCCGCCCGGGAAGUUCCCCAGCGGCAUGGAGAUCCGCUGUCACCGCUAUGGCUGGAUGACGGAGGAACUCAUGCGGGACUGGCUGGAGGUGGUGUGGAGGCGGCGUGGCGGGGCGUUGCCCCGGCAGCGGGGACUGCUCAUCCUCAACGGUUUCCGCGGCCACGCCACGGAUGCAGUGAAAGGCGCCAUGGAGAGCCUGGACACCGACAUGGUCAUCAUCCCUGGGGGCCUGACGUCGCAGCUGCAGGUGCUGGACGUGGUGGUGUACAAGCCGCUCAACGACAGUGUGCGUGCGCAGUACGCCGACUGGCUGCUGGCGGGCAACCUGGCGCUCAGCCCCACGGGCAACGCCAAGAAGCCGCCCCUGGGGCUCUUCCUGGAGUGGGUCAUGGUGGCCUGGGACAGCAUCUCCAGCGAGGCCAUCGUGCAGGGCUUCCGGAAGUGCCACAUCUCCAGCAGCCUGGAGGACGAGGACGGCGUCCUCUGGGAGAUCGAGGGCGACAUGCCGGCUGGAGGGGAGAUGCCCCGAGAGUGUGACCCCGAGAAUCACUGA